AUUCCCAGUGCGAAAAAUCGGUGUUGCCGAAAACGCCGUGUUGGCUGCUCUUAGCUUGCUCUCUGUAUCGACUGGACAACAUAAUCUGGGAUAAGGCACUCGCGCAAGAAACGCGGGAAAACUAUGCAGGAAGACAGCUGAUCGGAUAGCGCGGGCCCCUCCAUGGACCCUGCGUUGCGCUUAAUUGUCGUCAUUGGCAUAUGCUUUCAAGUGCGGUCCGGCAACCGCUACAAAUGCUUUGAAGCGUUUCUCUUUCUCGUUCUAUUUCUCGGAUGCAAACGAAGAAAGAGAGAGAAGUAAAAACUUCGAAGCAUUUGUAGCGGUUGAUGGACCGCACCCUUCGUAGAGCUACGUCUCACGCAUGCGCUGUAGCGUCGCAAUAUAUCGCAUCUACCAACUAUGGCCAGGCCGCCCUCCACGCAGCAUCAGAUCAACGACUCCAACAGCAUGCAAGCCGCGGCAACACGACUGAACGUCGCUACCCACACAUUUCCGAACAGCAGUCAAAAUGCAGUAACGUGCGAUCAACCGGAAAGUGAUAAUGGAGUCACAAAUAAUGGGACUAAACUUACAUUAAACAAGAAUGAUGAACAAGCUAAUAAUCAAACUGAUGCUGGAAUUUUUAAUUUGGAGGAAUAUAUAAAGAAACUGAAACAAGAGCGAAAAGACUGGCAACAAGAGUAUAAAAACCGCAAGAUUCAACGAAAAAACUUGGCUAAGGAGAAAACAAUUAUGGAGAGUCAAGGCCAACUACUUGACAUAAAUAUAUUAACAGAAUCUGAAAGAGCUUUUAUCACAGCACGUCCUGAUUAUGAGUAUAUUUGCAAGAAUGGUCAAAAAUUAUCAGAUGUAGCAUUGAAGAUAUCCAUACUUAGUCGAUUAGUGCAUAAGUUAAAUCAAAGAUUUAUGGAGAAUAUGGAAAAUAAUAUGUCCAGAGCUGUCAAAGAUAUUAUAAAAAUGUCAGAAGAUUGAGAUAGAUCAGACAUAUUUUAAGUAUUAUUCAUUAUUAUAUUAUUUGAGUAGUUACAA